AUGUCCGGAAGAGGAAAAGGUGGAAAAGGUCUCGGUAAAGGAGGCGCUAAGCGUCAUCGCAAGGUUUUGCGUGAUAAUAUCCAGGGAAUCACCAAACCCGCCAUCCGUCGUCUCGCUCGUCGUGGUGGAGUCAAGCGUAUCUCCGGUCUGAUCUAUGAGGAGACUCGCGGUGUGUUGAAGGUGUUUUUGGAGAACGUUAUUCGUGACGCCGUCACCUACACUGAACACGCCAAGAGAAAGACCGUCACCGCCAUGGAUGUCGUCUAUGCUCUGAAGCGUCAGGGUCGCACUCUAGAGACGCUGAGCAUUUAUGCGUCGAAAGGCAAAGUUUUCUUUGUGAUCAUGGCAAGAACAAAGCAGACCGCUCGUAAAUCCACCGGAGGCAAAGCGCCCAGGAAGCAGCUCGCCACUAAAGCUGCCCGUAAGAGCGCCCCAGCUACCGGCGGUGUGAAGAAGCCUCAUCGUUACAGGCCCGGUACCGUAGCGCUGAGAGAAAUCCGCCGCUACCAGAAGUCCACUGAGCUGCUGAUCCGUAAGCUGCCUUUCCAGCGUCUGGUGAGAGAAAUCGCCCAGGACUUCAAGACUGAUCUGCGCUUCCAGAGCUCCGCCGUCAUGGCCCUGCAGGAGUCCAGCGAAGCUUAUUUGGUCGGUCUGUUUGAGGACACCAACCUGUGCGCCAUCCACGCCAAGAGGUCUGAAAUCAUGUCAGGAAGAGGAAAAGGUGGUAAAGGACUCGGCAAAGGAGGCGCUAAGCGUCAUCGCAAGGUUUUGCGUGAUAACAUCCAGGGAAUCACCAAACCCGCCAUCCGUCGUCUCGCUCGUCGUGGUGGAGUCAAGCGUAUCUCCGGUCUGAUCUAUGAGGAGACUCGCGGUGUGCUGAAGGUGUUUUUGGAGAACGUUAUUCGUGACGCCGUCACCUACACUGAACACGCCAAGAGAAAGACCGUCACCGCCAUGGAUGUCGUCUAUGCUCUGAAGCGUCAGGGUCGCACUCUGUACGGUUUCGGAGGUUAA